UGGAUUUGAAGCUAUGUCACUGGGAUGUGAAUGGGACAGGCUGGUUGGGCUGUGUGUGAAUGUGUGUGUGCUGGAAUUAGGCUGCUUGUUCCCCUCCUAGCCUCCUCACACCACAGCAGACCAGCUGCAGCCUUCCUUUGAGAACCGUCACAGAACUCUGAGCAGAGGCAGGAUGAAGCUGUUGUGGAUCAGUGGGCUCCUCUGCCUCGUUGCCUUUCAAUUAAGUGUGGCCAGAUUCAUCCCAGAAGGAGUUCCAUACGAUGAACCCCCUGCUGUUCCCUACUGGCCCUACUCCACCUCAGACUUCUGGAACUACGUUGAAUACUUCAGGUCUAUCGGGGCCUACAACCACAUCAACGAAAUGGCUCGGGCUUUCUUCGCCCACCAGCCCCUUGGAGACACCCUGGGAUAUGAGACCAAUGCAGGACAUGAACACUGAGAAUGGAGCCAGGCAUUGUUGGCAAAGGGGAUCAAACUAUACUGAUGUAGAAGUAAAAAGAGAACACAUAUUUUAUCAUCUUUAAACUUUCUUUAGUUUCAAGCAUAGCCAUAGAUACAGACGAGUGUAGCCCUGUUGCUUGUAUUAGAGAAUAUAUCCAUCUACUGCGUGCAAAAUAAAUAAGAAAUUUGCUUCUA